AUGCGCAUCAACGUCCCACCCCUCACCCGCGGCCUGCUGGUCUGUCUGUUCAUCUUUACCCUGCUCAAUUGGAUCCUGCGGCCGGGCUACAGCGACUGGGUGCAGGGCGUGGGCAAGCCGCUUGUUAGCGCUGGAGAUGGCGCCCCAUACCUGGCCAUCAUUCCCUCAACAGCUAUUGUAUACCCAUGGGUCUUUCUGAUUGCAACCGUUGUGGAGGAGAACAUUUUCGGCCUGUUGAUCACCGGCCUCACCAUCUUCUACGGCGGCCGCUAUCUGGAGCGUGCCUGGAGCUCCGCCGAGUUUGCCAAAUUCGUUCUCUUCGUUUCCAUGAUACCCAACAUAUUGACUUAUCUCCUUUACGUCAUUGGCUAUGCCGUUUCCAAGAACGAGGAAGCUAUGACGGCAACGAUCUCCGGUGGCAUCGCGAUCCAAGCCGGCUUCCUCGUUUCUUUCAAGCAACUGGUCCCGGAGCACACCGUCUCCAUCGCUAGGGGCGCGAUCCGCAUGCGCGUCAAACACUUCCCGAUCAUCUUCCUCAUCGCCAAUACCCUCUCCGGCGUCCUCUUCGGCACCGAGACCGCCACCUUCCUGUCGUGGUUUGGCUUCUUCACGGCGUGGAUCUACCUGCGCUUCUUCCGCAUGUCCCCCUCGCUCGCCUCCACCUCCACCGGCGAGGACGCCUUUGUCCGCGGCGACGCGUCCGACACCUUCUCCUUCGCCCACUUCUUCCCCGAGCCGCUGCAGACCCCGGUUGGCUUGUUCGCGGAUCAGGUUUACAACGCGCUAGUGGCGAUUAGGAUCUGCACGCCCUUCUCGCACGAGGCCAUUGAUGCGGGCAACGAGCAGGCGAUGGCGCGCGCCGAGGGCGGUCUGCCGAGUCUCAUGAACCCGGGCAGAGGAGCGAGAGGAGGCCGCAGGGAAGAGGCCGAGAGGAGGAGAGCGCUGGCGCUGAAGGUGUUGGACCAGAGGUUACAAGCCGCCGCGAACAAGCCGCAGCAACCCACCGUCCCCGCACCGCCCUCCGGUCCCUCGAUAUUGGGUGAGACAACGUACGAGCCGGAACGUCACGACGAGCCGCCGAAGGUGGCGGCUUGA